UUAAAAUUCAAUGUAAUUCGUAGUAAUUUAUCACAUUUUCUUUUCGAGUAUUAGGGUAGCUUAUCAUUCGAAUUGAUCCUGUGAUAUAACUGAUCAAGAUGCAGCUGUUUGUACGCGGCCAACAGAACCACACCCUUGAGGUGCUGGGUGAUGAAUUAGUCCGUGAUGUAAAGUUUCAGUUGGAAACCUUGACGGCUAUCUGCGUUGAGGACCAGCUCUUGAUGACCGGUGCUGAAGUGCUGUCUGAUGACUUGCCCCUCUCACACUAUGGUGUCUCAAACCUUGCUACUCUGGACUUGUCUGUCCGCAUGCUCGGAGGUAAGGUUCACGGCUCUCUGGCUCGUGCUGGAAAGGUGAAGGGUCAAACACCAAAGGUUGACGCCGAGGAGAAGAAAAAGAAGAAGACUGGCCGUGCCAAGCGACGCAUGUUGUACAAUCGCCGCUUUGUCAAUGUCGUGCCCACCUUCGGAAAGCGCAGGGGACCCAACUCCAACUCCUAACUGAAUCGCGGAGUCAUCAUUUGAUCAUAUCAUCAUGUAGUCAAUUAAUCAAUUUCAGCUUGAACUAAAACAACUGAUAGUCUAUCUCCAUUAAGUACCGAUACAAUUUGCCGACUAACUCAAUUCAUCCAAAUACUCGGUGAUCUGCGGAUCGAAGGUGGACCUAGCAUAAAAACAAUUGUGAUACUACACUGUGUUCAAAGAUGUGUUGUAGAGUGUGUACUGACUUGUGAAUAAAUAUACAAAAAUCAAAGA